UACGCUAAGUUCAUCAAGGGUUCGGAUUGGGUAAUCGAACGCUCAGAAAUCAUUUUCAUUCCUACGCGAGACAGUGGCGGGGCCUUCCCGUCCAAUUACCGCCUUCAGAAUAUGUCGAACGCGAUGAGCAAGCAAUCCCUACUGUCUACGGUAUCUGUGAAGGGUAAGGACGCCAACAAGAAAGGAAAAAACUUUGCCUUCGCAACCUACAACUCGCACACUGUGGUUCUGCGCAAAGUAGAGGUGCACGAUUUCAACUUGACCAAAGCCAUCAAGAGAGAAUUAAAAGAGAUGCGGUGGCUUGUUCACGAUAACAUCAACCGGUUCCUAGGCCUAUGUUUUCCGUCGACCAGCGGUGAUAUGUUCUACCAUGUCAGCGAGUUCAGUCCGAAGGGCAGUUUAAAGAGUAUCUUAGCUAACGACGACGUCAAUCUCGAUCUUAGCUUCAAGGCCUCAUUCAUCCGCGAUCUCGCCAGGGGGAUGCAGUUUCUCCACGCCUCUGAAAUCAAGAACCAUGGUGUGCUCUCCUCCAGCACGUGUUACGUAGACAGUCGAUGGGUCCUCAAGAUAUCCGGAUUCGGUCUCCUGUCCUUCAACAUUCUGAAAGAAGACGUCAUGAAACAAAAAGAUCCCGAAGUCAAAUUUUCAAAAAUGUUGUGGACUGCCCCGGAGCACCUUCGAGGGGAAAUGUUACCAUCAAAAGGGUCGCAAAAAGGGGAUGUUUAUUCGUUUGCAAUCAUCCUACAAGAGAUUGUUACACGAAGCCAUCCGUUCUAUUUAUCAGGGUAUACAUCGAGGGAGAUCAUCCGGCGAGUAAUACGCCGCGACGAACCUCCUUGCCGACCGAAGAUUAACGAAGAUGAGUUCGAGACUUCGGAUAUGGCGACGAUCUUUACUGCUAUUUAUGAGCUCAUGAAGGUGUGUUGGGAAGAACUUCCGGAGGACAGGCCUGAUUUUACGGCUAUCAGAGCCAAACUCAGGGGUUUACAGAAAGGAAGAAAAGAGCUUGAUAUCCUGGACAACAUGCUCUCCAAGAUGGAGAAAUACACGGAGAACCUGGAGAAAGUGGUUGCUGACAGGACCGGACAGCUCUUGGAGGAGAAGAAGAAGACAGAUGCGCUCCUCUUCCGAAUGCUACCAGAGGUCGUGGCUGAAGAGCUCAAAAAGGGCAACCAGUUCCCAGGGGAAUUCUUCGAUCACGUGACCGUUUAUUUCAGCGACGUGGUCGGGUUCACCGAUAUCUCUGCUCAAAGCACACCCAUGCAGGUCGUCGAUCUCCUCAACGACCUCUAUACCUGCUUCGAUGCCGUGCUCGAAAGGUUCGACGUCUACAAGGUGGAGACGAUAGGCGAUGCCUACAUGGUAGUCAGCGGCCUCCCUCGGCGGAACGGUAACAGACAUGCCGGUGAGAUUGCUUGCGUCGCUCUUGAGCUUCUCACAGGUGCCAGGCAAUUCAGGAUAAGACACAAGCCCGAUCACCAGCUACAGAUCAGGAUAGGCAUCAAUACAGGGCCUGUGGCAGCAGGGGUUGUGGGGUUGACCAUGCCAAGGUUCUGUCUCUUUGGAGACACUGUCAACACGGCAUCCAGGAUGGAAUCGAACAGCUUGCCUCAAAAGAUCCACUGCAGCUCCGACAGUGCAGCUGUCCUCAAGGAACUCGGAGGCUACGUCUUGGAAAAGCGAGGCCUCAUCACUAUCAAGGGGAAAGGCCAGAUGACGACAUAUUGGUUGUUAGGUACUGACACUACGAUCAGACCACGUUACUCCAUUGACACUGCCGUCAGCAAGAAAAUCUCAACGGACACAAUGAUAAGCCAAGACAGUCUUCUCUCCCCGUCGCACAGAAUGUCAGACGCCUACGACAUCCCCGAAGACCGCCUUAUAGAGGAGCACAUGAACAAAACAGACAACGCACCUCGCCCAUCCACGAUCGCAGAGAAGCGAGAAUCGACUUCUGCGCGUCCGUCCGUUCGAGAGCACACCGACGACCAGCUGAUGAGCGAGGCCGACUCCCGCCGGAUCAGCACGGGAAGCUGGACAGACGGUGGUCAAGAGAGCGUGCGUUUCGGCCGAUCGAUCACACCUGUGAAAGGACUACACGUACCUUCGCGUUUAGCGGACAAUAACCAAGCAGCAAUAAUGGACGAGCGCGCGGGUGAUGGUGUCCGUCCGUCGUACGUCACGGACGAUCGAGCAACCCCGCUCGGAAAGGAAAGCGGGGACGAGGGCGGUUAUGACAAUCCCGUUAUGGACCCGAGAGGAACCGUUAUAGAAGAAAAGGAAGAAUCGCAUAGUGUAACGAGCCCGCAACAUUCCCUGUCGCCUGCUCCUCCUAGUAAAAGUGUCUCGCCUUCAUCGUCGGACGGGGACAAAAAACGAAGGAAUUUACGAUCUGGUGCCCGGACAGAAAAUAACAAUUAUUUAUCUCCCGCAAAACGGAAAAACGCGAUUACACUUCAUUCAAGCGGAUCAUCAGGCAAGGCCGGUGUAUCUAAAGCGUGACCCCGUCAAUUUGGACCGAGAUGACAACGGUUUAAAGACACAACCUCACGGGAAUUCCCCAUGUGCAAUUCGUCACGGUUCGCUUACACUGGAACUAGGGGACAUCGGUCGGAGUCGAUGUGUAUGCAAAGCCCGCACGCAGCGAAACUCAUGGCCAUGGUACUCGGCGGUUCUCUCGAGAUUGCGGAGAGCGUUCAGUCAUGGUUCACGUGAAGAAUGUUUUGAUGAUGACGUUUCCUAAUGAUGUUUGUUCUCCUGCAAAUAGCGGAGAGAGUCAGAUCUGGAGUUAAUUGAACAUUUAUUCCACGUCGACUACGAAAAAUAUUGAGCGUUUUAUAUUUGAGUUCAUCAUUUUCAUCUCGAUACAAGAGAAUAACGUGAACCCAAUCAGUAGGGUCGUCACAGAUCACUAUUACACCAAUAGAUCACAAAGACUUCUGAGUUUUGCACAUUUAAUACAAUAGAUAUAUAUAUAUAAAUUGGUAUAGCUACAAGGGCAAAUGUGCGCUUGUAUGAAAGUUGUCGAGAUUUUAUGGUACCUUUAGAGUUAUAUUUUUCAUUAUGUCUCUAGAUCAGAGUAGGCCUAUCUAUUCGGUUUAAGUUAUAUCAUCGGCUUGUUUUGAACAAAAACCUAAAGUGCUACUGUGCGGAACAUCAAAGUAUAGAAUACUGUAUAUUUUUAUACAAAUUAUUAUUACUACGUGUGUGUUUACUAUGUGUGUGUGUCUUUGUCAUAUGAAUAUAUUUGCAAUACAAUGUACAAUUAUUGUAAUGCCUUGAACACGUAAAUCCGGGUGAAGUGACUGGAAGCAGUAGUAAAUAUAACAUAGUUUUUUUUUCUUGCGCGAAUAAUUAAGUACUGCGAUUUUUUGAAAACUGUACAAUAAUGUACCCCCCCCCCCCCGCCCAACAAUUACCCUCCCCUGUUACCCAUGGACUAAAUACCCUGAUCAACUACACUUUACUAUGUCAGGACUAUACAUUACUCCUUAGAAAAACGUCACCUCGGACUAAUGGACUAUUGGACCAUCGACUACCCCUUGCGACAAUUACCCCCAGGAGAACAAUCUCAUAGGACAACUACGUCACAGGACAACUACACUACAGGAUAGUUACCCCCCCCCCCCCAGGAGAACGAUCCCAUGGGACAGCUGCCCCACUGGCACAGGACAACAACCCCACCCACAUUUCAGCUACCCCAGAGGACAACAAGCUCACAUGACAACUAUCCCACUGGACAUUUACUCCACUGGACAACGACCCAAGAUGACAAAUGCCCCCAUGUGACAACUACCCUUAAGGACAACUACCACUCAGGAUAACUACUCCACUGGGUAACCACCCAAGAGGACAAACACCCCACGGACAACGACCCCACAGGACAACUACCCCAAAGGACAACUACCACUCAGGACAAUUACCCCACACGACAACUUCCCCACUGGAUAACAACCCAUGAGGACAAAUACCCCACGGGACAAGAACCCCUUAGGGAAACUAUAUUUUACUUAUAAGGGAUAACUUAUUGCUUUAGAGGGCAAGGGUUCCAUGACACAACCUCCUGCGAGAUUUUCUCAUUGGUCAAUUUCGUACACUGACCGAAUUGCUAAUUUUAUACCCUGGAAUAAACACCAAAACUAACCCUAACACUGAAACUCUAAACCUAAACCUGACGUAAACCUCCAUCGCAACAUGGACCAAACACUAUACUUACUCCUAUUAACCUAACACCGCAUUGCAACCCUUACUCUAACCCCAACCCUAAACCCAAAGCUUAACCAUAUAUCUUUGACGUAGUCAAGCCUGGAGCAAUAGUCGCUUGAGACAAUACUGGAUCCCUGCUAUCGGGUAUUUGUCAGGGAUGGUAGUCCAGAGGCUAACAUUUCAACCUUUUUAAUAAUCUCUCUAUCAAAGCGACUGCAAAAUGAACACAAAAACACGUUUAAAUAGGCUAUUUAUCUUUGGUUAGCAGCAGUUACCAUGAUUAUAAAGAAAUCAACAAAAUUAGGGGAUGUAAAUUGUAAACUGUUGUUACAAAGUUUCUCGAAGGUUUCAUGAGACAUGCAGAGAAAAAAAGAUGAUCAAAAAUAGAGUGUAAACCGUGCAAUAGGAAUCGUCACCAUUAUGCACACACUUUCUAUAAGUUUUUUUUGUUUUGAUUUCAAUAUUUUAAUUCGAUACAGAAAUAGUUAUUCAUAUAUAUUGUCAUUUAAUAUAUAGUAAUACAUUUUACAAGUUGAAGAGAAAAUGGAAGGAAGGUAAUUAAUAAAGAGAAGUUGGGUUUAUUUUGUCUGUAUCCAGGUGAGUAGCUAAAGGAGAGUGUGGUGGAGUUACACCCGAAUCAAAAUUUUGAGUUUCAG